AUAUCAACGCGCUGAAGACUUGGGCUAAGUCCGGUACGGUCGUCGUCGUCGUCGGUCGGUGGCUAAACUGGGAAGCCUUCGUUCGUCUGGUUGCGGCGUACCGCGCAGCGCACACGGAAAAAGGAAAAAAGAAGGCAAACACACAACCGAAACGACGAAAGGCCGAGUUGCGCCCGCGAUGCGAUGGGGCGCGCUGCGCGGCGGAGCCAGAGGCUUUUGCUGGACUUUUUUCGAAUCAGUUCGAGUUGGAUUUCGGACGGCGUGAGUCGCGACCGAGGAACUGCCUGCCAGCCUGCCUGCCUGCCGGAACUGUGUCUGGGCGAGCGGAGAACGCGAAAAUUCCCGAAACAAUAGUGAAGAAAAAAAUUCUUGCGCGAAGAGACGAGUGAGUGCUGGGAGUGUGGGACGAGUGAUAACUAGUGUGGGUGCUAAUUGAAUUGGCGCGACGAAACGAUUAGAACCGCGCGACAGGAGCGGUUUGCUGCUGCGGGAUAGCUACCAAAGUGCUGUGCUAGUCCUGACCAAGGAUCAAAGAUACACCAUACCUCAUGAGAUAGCGAAAUAAUUGCCAACAGCGUAAUUAAAACCACCAGAAUAGCUCAACAAAUUCAUACCACACAAUGCAGUCGGAAACGAUGACCGAGAGCAGCGGGUUCUUCGACCGGAUAGUGCAAUUUUUCGUCGAUAACCAAGAUGAGCGCACAAAAGAUUGGUUCCUGUCCGGGUCGUUGACUCCGCUUAUUAUGAUCCUGGCGACGUACCUCUACUUCUGCCUGUACGCCGGUCCCCGGUGGAUGGCCAAGCGGAAACCCUUCAAGCUGGAGAACGUCCUCAUCGGGUACAACGCCGUCCAGGUGCUGCUCAGUAUCGUGCUGGUGUAUGAGGGUAUCCAGGGUGGAUGGAACGGACACUACGACUGGAAGUGUCAACCAGUGGACUACACUCGACAUCCCAUUGCUAUGAGGAUGGCUCGCGCCGUUUGGCUGUACUACAUCUGUAAGGUCGUCGAGCUGCUCGAUACCGUGUUCUUCGUGCUGCGCAAGAAGCAAAAUCAGGUCUCGUUCCUGCACCUGUACCACCACACGCUGAUGCCCGUCUGUGGCUUCAUCGGGGUCAAGUACUUUGCCGGGGGCCAUGGAACUCUGUUGGGCGUCAUCAACUCGUUCAUCCACGUGUGCAUGUACGCUUACUACAUGCUGGCUGCGAUGGGACCCAAAGUGCAGCAGUACCUCUGGUGGAAGCGCUACCUUACCGUGAUGCAGAUUAUCCAGUUCAUAAUCGUGUUCUAUCACACGCUGCAAGUGCAGUUCCAGCCAACGUGCGCCUACCCGAAACCGAUCGCGGCCCUGCUCACGCUGAAUGCCGGUCUGUUCAUCUACAUGUUCAGCACGUUCUACGUGCGAAGCUACCUGCGGAAAUCGUCCGGUGCUGCCGGUCGACGCGCCGUCGAAGUCAACAACAACCAAGCGGACUGCAAACCAAAGGAAGUGUCGUCGCCGGUGGAAGAAUCGGACAGUCGGACGGCCAACGGGCAGCACAACAAGAAAGAUCUGUAACCGGACCAAGCAGGAGAUCGAUCAUCGAAUUAGGGGGUCAUUGGGGCGAAAGCGAAUAUCGGAGAGCUUCUCGGGGGUCCGAUGACCGUGCGGAGAUGCGUCGAUACUAGUGAUAGGAGUUAAUGUUUGACUUUUGUAAGAUCCCGUGAAGCUUUCUUAUCGUUCCACUGACUCUGUUUUUUAAUUGUACAUUUUUUUUUCUAUUAGGAAAAGCCGACUCUAGAUUAUUGAAUAUAUUUAAAUACCGACAAUA